AUGUUGCUGUCUAAAGUUAUCCUAUUUUCAUUAUUUUGUGAAAUUAAAACCGAACAAAAUUCAUCCUUGAGUCAAACUAUUCAUCGAGCUAUUGAAGAAUCCCAUCCAUCAACAAUUUAUUUCGUUGAUUUCGGUGCCAUUAUUCUUAGCAAUUAUUUUCAAAAACCAUUCAAUAUUCCCGUAAUUAUUCUUAAUACCAUUUCUUUAAAUGAAGCCUUUAAAAGUGUAGAUGAAAACAUUAUCCUUGUGAUUCAGGUGUCAAGCAGUUUCUCAAAUUUUCAUCACUUGGUUAAUCAAAUAAGAGUUCGAAGGUUUGUCAUUGUUUAUGGAAAUAGUCUCGAAGAACUUUGGAGUUAUUUCGUUAUCCUUUGGAAGGAAUGUUUUACAAGAAUUUUUGGAAUUGCAGCCAACAUCACAUAUGCUUAUCUUCCAUUUGACGAUAAUCCUAUUAAAGAGUUAUUAUUGUCAAAUGAAAUUUCAUUACCCAAUUCUCUCAAGGACCUGAAUGGCUUUACUUUUAGAACAUAUUUUUUUAAAGAUAUUCCCAGAGUUUUCUGGUACACGGAAAAAAAUGGGCAGCGCAAUAUUGGAGGAUACGCUGGACAGGCUUUUCUUGGAUUUUUGAAAAAACACAAUGCAACUUUUGUCGAAACCGAAAUCAAAUAUUUUGAACCAUUAAAUGAAUUUAUUAAUGCAACCUUAGGUAAGACAAUCGACAUGUAUAUGAAUGUCUUCGAGACUUAUGAUGGAUUUGAGCAUUCAUAUCCAAUUAAAUUUCUUAAAUGGGGCAUACUAGUACCACUCAAUGGAUUUGUGGACUCAAGCCAGUACUUUUUGAAACCAUUUCAACCAACUGUUUGGAUGACUUUUGGACUUUUGCUUUUAUAUUUGAUUAUCACUGAUUUUCUAAAAGAUUAUAUUUCCGAAGAUUCUUCAAAUGUGUGGAAAUCCUUUAGUAAAAUUUUCUUGAUUUUCCUCUAUAUGCCUUCGGAGAAACCAAUAACUAAAUCAUAUUGGUAUCAUCUUCAAAUACUGAUUGCGGCAUUUAUUUGUGUGAAUUUUUACCUCAUAUACAUGACAUCGUUUUUAACAGUCUUCAUUAAAGUUCAACAAUUUGAAUCAAUUCAAGAUCUAAUUGAAAACAAGUUCCCAGUUCUGAUGAACGACGUUGAUUAUGUUUCCUACUUGAAACUUGCAUAUAAACCAGACAAAUUUGAGAAUAUAAUAGUGGUGGAGAGUUAUAAAUCUUUUGUCGAGGAAUUGAAUUCAAUGACAAAUACCAGCUUUGCUUAUGCCGUUGGCAGUGAUAACUUGAAAUUUCUAAUGGACGCACAAAUAAAACCAAAAUUUCAUAUAAUAGAAGAUAACUUGCAGCAAUAUUUCAUGGUGUUUCUAUUUGCGAAAAAUUCAGUCUUUAAAGAGAUACUGAGUGAUUUUAUAAUUCAAAUUUUUACCACAGGUUUGAUUGAUCAAUGGACACGAAAUGCUUACUACCAGGCUAAAAAUGAGGGUUACAUCUAUUCUGAUAUGGGACACGUUUUUAUGGAGCAAGACAACUAUCAUUGA